CCCCGCACCCCUGGGUGGAGAGAGCUGACACAGAACCGGGGACACCGUUGGAAAGAGGUGUACGUCGUGGCUUUAUUGAGCACGAGUGACCAGCCAACUCCAGCGGGACACCUGUCCACUACUAGAGCGGUCUCUCAGUCCUCUGGUUACGGUAGGGCCUGGCUGCCCUCGUGACACAUACCUCUUGUCGACCAUACCGUGGCGUACAAUUGAUAUUUAAAUACGAGGUCUUGCUUUACCGCUCCGAGCAAAACACACACCCGAACGGCGUCCCGCCCUCAGAUUUACAAAAGUGUCACCGUUCAUCCGACAGGAAAGUAUGCGGCAUGCAAAUCUAUGCAAAUACUGGGGAGUGAGUGAGGAACUUGGCGCGGUGUAGUGUGUGUGUGUGUGCCGUGCACGGCGGCAGCUCCGGUGUGUCCGUACCGUACUCGGGACUCAAUGGGAACCGUUCUGUGGAGGCCAGUAUGAGCAGAGCGGAGUGAAGGAAGGAUGGACGCGAUCUCAGGGACGAGGCGACAGGUGCUGUUGGGACUUUACCUGGCGGGCGGGUGGCUACCGGGCGCCCGCGCACAGACUGCGGGAUGUAGCGUGAACAUCCCCGGGCUAGCAGUGGGAUGUGUGCUGGGGACGCUUGCCCUGUGUCUCAUCGCAUUCGGCAUCUACUUUCUUGUCAGUCGGAAAAAAGCAAAGAAGAGGAAGGCAUUGCAGGUUGCAGCUGGAGGGCCAGGUGAUCUAGAAUCAGGAUUUCCGGAGGGAAGGGGCCACCCCAGCCAUGCGUAUGUGAUCGAGAAUCCCCACACUAAGGAUGAACAGAAGAAUGGGUCCCAGAAGACAAAAGCUGCAGCGGCCCCACCUGUUGGCACGACCACCAGGGACGUGUCCACGGAGGAGGCAGUACCCGGGGACGACAGCUACCUGGUGCUGCUGGACAAGAAGGAGGAGGACCAAUCAUCCGGCUUCAACAUCAUGAAGGGGGACAACGGCAAGAUCUUCAUCCAGGAUGUCCGACAGGGAGGACCAGCAUGGAAGUCUGGCAAGAUCCAUGAUGGUGACCAACUGGUCAGUGUCACUGUCUAUUUCACCGAUAUUGCGUACGAGGAUGCGCUCACCAUCCUGAGUUACUCCUCGCCCUACAAGGUUCAGCUCCGGCUACGGAAGCCUAGCAAGCGACCCAGCCCGGUGGCUAAGACUGUACCCGUCACCAUUGAAAUGCAGCCUGUCCCAGCUGCAAGCUCGGAGACACAGCAAGACGCUGCCAAAGUUCUGCAGCCGACGCAGGCUGCCGCAGUAGAGCAGGAACCCGCUGUCGCUGCAGAGACACAACGAGAUGCUGUUCGAAUGGAACUGCAGCAGCAGCAACCUGUACAUGAACCUGAAGUUCUAGAGACGUUAGAACCACUACCUUCUCCCGAAGACAGACUCCCACAAGUAUGGGGAGUAGAAGUUGACGGCGACGAUGGAGGUCUUUCAGAGAGAAAGCACAAGGCCGUCGUCGACGAGGCCAACAGAAUUGUAGACGAUGCAUUUGAAUCAGCAAAGGAGGAGCUGAGAAGAGAGGAGAAGCUCCUUAGAGAGGACACUCAGCAGUCGGACAUGGAGAAGCCAUUGACGCCCAGACUCGAGCGUAGAUUAUCCUCGACAAGCUUGCCGGGGGCAUUUCCCGAAGAAGCCACAUGGAAGUCCCCCAACCCAUACCCUUCCAACCUACCUGAGAUCAAAUUUACUGGCCAAUCAAAGUCUCUUGAUCACCUGAACAAAUCAGUAGCAAGCAACCUUCCUGAUGACAUGAGACCUCGUUCCCUGGCAGAUAUAGACUUCUCCAAGUACAUUCCUCCACCCACUGAGCCUCCUCCCCCUAUGACCCCUGACACUCCCAAACCUAUUCCCCCUGAGAGAGGAUCUGCAAAGAAGAAACGGAAAGCUCCCCCUCCUCCAUCAGUGACUCCCUCUCCUCCUACAGUGUCUCCCUCUCCCCCUACAGUGUCUCCCCCUACAGUGUCUCCCCCUACAGUAUCUCCCCCUACAGUGUCUCCCCCUACAGUAUCUCCCCCUACAGUAUCUCCCCCAUCUGUGACUCCUCCCCCAUCAGUGUCUCCCCCUCCCACAUCAGUGUCUCCUCCUCCCCCAUCAGUGUCUCCUCCUGCCCUUUCUGAAUCUCCCCCUCCCACUACAGUGUCUCCACCCUCUGUGUCUCCCAUUGCCAAGAAAAUUCCUUCUGAACUUCUGACCAAUGUAACAGUUGAAAAGGAAGAGGACAGAAGAAAAGAUGAGUUGACAGACAGUGGUUUAGAGCUGAGCAUAUCCACCCCUAACCAAGAAGUUGCCCCUGCCCUGCUGCCCCCACCCCCUCCGGCAGUUUUACAGACGCACGCAUCCCAGGACAGCAGGGCUCCGGACAACCCCCAGGAGGAGAAAUCUACCUCACCAAGUGGAGAUUCUGGCAUCAAUGUAGACAUUGGUACUGUGGAGCCACCCUUACUAUCACCACCUGUGGUCCCCACCAUCUUACCAGGGAAAGAGUCCAUACUGGAACAAAAGAUAGAGGAGCAGGCCCAAGAGAGUGCACGGGAGUUUCAGAACUUCCUGGAUUCUCAACCAGAGAAAUCCCUUCUACCUGCUGCACCUGCGCCACCUGUUCUUCCCACUCCCCUAGAGGAGGACCAGGUGAUCCCCGAGGAGAAGGAAAAGCCAGAGAGGAGCAGAUAUUCCCCCAGCGCACUGACCCAGCCUUUCACACUCCCCCCUGUGGACUUGUAUCAGACACCCACGGAGGAAAUAAUCUUGAGUUCCAGUAGCGAAUCCGAGUCAGAACCAGACGACAGCAAGUAUAAGAACAUUAGGGUUGAUGAAGUAGAUAAAAAGAGAUCCUCAAUGUCCUCAGAACCACCAGGACCAGAGGAAGAGAGACCUGGUUCCACAGAGGGGGUGUUUCUGGCGACCAUGGUCAGUGUAGCUAGCAGUGAGGAGUCUUCAUCAGAAGAUGAGGCGGAGUCACAGGUUGUGACAAUGUCUCCUCCUUCAGCCAAGCAGCUGAGGGAUCAGUUCUUCAAUGACAUGAAGCCCACAUCAGGACUGGAAAACAACAUCAUGUCCCCAGAGACCCACCCUGUAAAUAACACGGAGGAAAUACACGAACCACGGACUCCCAGUAAGCAGAGGGCCUCCUCAGAAAGCAGUGAAAACCUGUUGGACAGUAUCGGUCAGCAACAAGCGAUUCUUGAGGAUCAGGCGGGGACGUCCAGUCCCUCCCUGGUUGACCAGUCCAAAACAGACAGCAGAGGUGGGCUGCAGGGUGUGAAUGGGACGCCUGAAGGCAGCUUUAUGGUGUAGGUUAUUUCAGUGGGAAGGAGUUUUGACAUCUCUAGGGGAAUCUAUUGGAAGUAAAUGUAAAAGACUUGCAAUAAGUAUUUAAGACAUCUGUUUACAUAUCGUGUAUGUUGACAAAAAAUUAACAAAUUAGUCAGAGGUAGAUAAGUACUAGGAGUAUGUACAGGUGAGCAAAAUGUGCUAAAUCUAUAAAACAUAGAUACUGUACUGAAUAAGACCACUCCAUUUCACUGAAAUUUCAUGGAUAUCUAGACUAAGGUCCAUAUCUACAUGUACGAGUCAUUGUAAAAGGCCCAUAUCUUCAAAUACAAAUUCCACAUUCAUAAGUGUGUGCAAGGUCUGUAUCUAUGAAGCCUACAUGGUACAAAUUUCUGACUAGAAUGUUCACAUUCCAUACAGCAUCAUCUUUAAUGAAUGUGUCAAAAACUAGCAAACCGUACUUCUAACAAGUUAAUACGUGCAGAGUAAGUGCUCCUGUGCGUAAGAAGGGUCUUGUGGAGUGAAUGUACUUAAUUUACACAAGUUAAAAACCUGCCAAGUAUAUUUGGCAUUACGUCGGUGGGAGAGUCUUGGCUUAGUUGAUUAGGGAAUACAUGUAGGAAAUGUAAAUGGCAAGCGUAGAUAAGUUGGAUGAAUAUAUAAAGUCAACAGUAUUGUAAAUUGUUUUUCCAUUCCAGUUUUCUUGCCAAUUGGAUCUAACCAUAAUGGUUAAAUUACGAUACGUAUGUGCCAGUUGCUUUUACCUAUGCCCAGCUACACAGGUUGGACAAAAACAACCACAAUACAGUUUAUAGUGUUGCAACAGUUGGCAACUGCUGUAUGGAUAGUGCCAUAAAUUUGAGAGACCUUAAAAUUUCACCUAUGGCAAAUGGUAACCAUAUAACCAUCAGUGCCAUAAAACCUUUCAAGAGACAAAGGAAAGCUACCAACAAAAGAGCCCCAUCCAGUUACUGAAGUUCAUUAACCACUGACCCUCUUCUAGUACUUUACACAAUCUUUUCCAAAGAAAUGGCAGCCUAUUGCUAGCCUUAUUGAAUAAGAUACCGUAAGGUAUGAUUAAACUUGAGAUUGCAUUUUAAGAUGAUCGGUCUGGGCUUCAGUUAGCUCUAUAAUCUUACAUAUGUAUCAGCCUGUAUCCUAAUUAGAGCACUAGCUGUAUCAUAUUAUGUUAUAAAUCUAAGUUCUACCACUGCUACAUGAGGGAAGCAAAUCUCCAACAAGAAAAUUUCCUCUUAAGAACUUGUUUGUGAUGAUGUGGUGGUUAUUUGCAUUUCAUGAUAGUACAAAAUGUGUGAAUACUAUGUAUUUACAAAGUAACUGUUGUAGACUGAAAUUGUCUUUAAACAACUUGUUCUGGUCUAUUAAAUAGUUCUAAAAAUACAAAAACAAAACAGUGAGACAAAAAAAAGGAAAAAAAAACUUACCCAAGCUGCCUCAUAUCUAUCAUGUGACAUAGCAAAUAACAACACUAACAGUACUGGUCAACUGCCAUUUUUGUACCAACUAAAUAAUGUUAACCAAUUUAAUUUAUUCGUUUUUUUUACAACAUUUUACAAUAUAAUCUUACUUUUUUGUAUGAUUAAUGAUAGCAUUUUGCAAGUAUAAUGUUUUGUUGUAUUAACUUUUUUAUCAGGAAGUCCUGUUCUUCAGGUAUUGUGUUACGGCUACUUGAGACAAGGGAUUCAUAAUGAAUGGAAAAAGCUAAAAAUGAUUGAUAUCAAAUGUUGCUGUGCAUAAUGUUAGACUUAUGUGAAAUUUAUGAUAUUUUUAUUACAUCAUGAGAGUUUACUCCAUGUCAGUUGGUAUUAUAAUCCAUACAACAUUGUAUUCUAGACAUAGAAACAGAUAUAUUUUACCAGUUUCUGUUUCAAUAUGCCUUAUCGUAGAUUUACAAUAAUUAUUCGAUAUUGUAUAUUUUCUUGAUCAUUUUGUAAUGCCAGUAACAUGAAAAACAUUAUCCAGACCAAAGUGUUUUGAGAAGGAACCUCCUAUCUUUUCAAUCAUGAAAACAAAUUAUUAAAGACCCACAAAUCUCUUCAUUUAAAACUUAAUAUGCCUUCUGUUCAAAAACAUGGUUGGGACAAAAAAUAUCAAAUUCUAGACCAUUAAAUUGGGUACCGUAACAAUAGAUGUUAAAGCCAUUCUUGCAUAUCAUGUUUGUUUAUUCCAGAAUAUUCUUUCCUGUAACAAAAGUACAGAGUAUCAGGAAAAGUCCCCCUGUGUCAGCUGUUUUAGUUUUGCUUGAUCAAUUAAGAUAUCAGAACAAGUGUAAUGUGAUCUUGAAAAAAAUUUGCUGUAAUGCUUUUUCUGGCAAUAAGAGGUUGGAGCUUUAGGUGUGGCAUAGCUUUCCUAUGGUGCAGUAGGGUUGUGCUGUAACUACAUAAUUUGGCUGCAAUAGGAGAGAACCCUAACUUAGACAGCAUUAUAGAGAGUUAGUGACUUUAUUUUUUGCUACAACGAAGAAGAUCAUAAAGAUGAUAGUGGCAACUUUCAUCCCUUCCACGAGUUGUACAAUUAGAAUGCAACCAGGUGUAGGCUUUUUGUUCCACUAUAAAAUGGUAAAAACUAGAAUGUAUAACAAUUCCUACACGUAGGCCUAAGCUUGACUUGCUUGUAUGUGUGUGCUAUCUAAUAUCAUGAUAUAGUCACUGUGACAGAGUUAAAACUGGUCCAAGUAUGCAAAUUCUAUAGGGUCAGUAGAUGCCGAAAUUCUACUGUAGUAUUGUGUGUCUGAGAUCAUGUAACUUUUAAUUUUCUUGUGACAAUAUGUAAGAUUGUUGUUAUGAUGGGACGGUAGCUUUUAUACAUUGCGAGUCAAGUAAACCCGUAUUAUAUAUAAAUAUGUAUAUCUUGCCCUGUAUUACUGUUGGUAUAUUGAUAAGUAUGUAUCUGUAAGUCUCUGUAUUUAUGGCAAUAAACAUACAAGUCAAGAGAUGAA